AACAACGCUGUUGGGAAUACUUAGCUAGCUCCAAGAACGAAUUUGAGCCGGGUGUGGUGUGGCUCUACUCAAAAGAGAAGAGUAUGGCAAUAGCAAGCAAAAAGUAUCGAAUGAAGAAUCUCCAUUUCCAUUGCGUUACGUUACGUUAGUUACGGAAUACGGACACAAGAGUUUGUGUACUAAAAUUUGUCCGACAUCAAUCAAUAUCUCGGAAAUAAUUAAAUGCAAUUUAAAGUGCAUUUGUUACGUGUUCGUUAUCAACUUUUGUGUUGUGGAUGGUUUACGUGUGAUUAACCUAAUGUAUCUAAAAAUCUGUGGACAUUUGUUUUUAUUAUAGCAAGAUAAUAAAGAUUUUAGGAGCCAUUUACACAUGGCGAGAAGUCACGUAGACUUUGUUUGGUGAAAUGUGGAGUGGACUGCGACGCGUCAAAUAGUGAACAAAACCAUUCAAUUGUUAGCACAAGUAAAAUUAAAUAAAAUGGAUAGCAAAAUUAUACAAAAAAAUGCCAUGCAGAAAACAGCCGAGUUCACUUUUACGGCGCCGCCUGAGGCUCCUGUGUUUGAGCCCACAGCCGAAGAAUUCAUGGAUCCACUCGGCUAUAUCGCCAAAAUUCGGCCCGUCGCGGAAAAGACCGGAAUAUGCAAAAUAAAGCCCCCAGCACGAUGGCAACCACCAUUUUCAUUAGACGUAGACAAAUUGAAAUUUGUCCCACGGAUUCAGAAAGUUAACGAGUUGGAAGCCAUUACGCGAUUGAAACUUUUGUUUCUUGAAAAAAUUUUGAAAUUCUGGGAUCUCCAAGGCUCUCCUCUUAAAAUACCAAUGAUAGAAAACAAAACUUUGGAUUUGUACUGUCUUAAAUUCUGGGUUGACGAAGAGGGCGGUUUUGAAAAUUGCAAUACUCCGAAAAAGUGGCGUAAGAUAGCUCAUGCUAUGGGAUACAGUCAGAACGCAAACACAAUGAAUUUUCUCAGAAAUAAUUACGAUAAAAUCCUCCUGCCCUACGAUAUUUUUGAAAAGAGCAAAGCUGACAUAUUAAAAACUGUUAAAAAGACCGAAAUAAAAGACGAAAAUGAUGUUAACAAAGGUCACACAUUUCGAGAAAUAUCACUGGAAUCCAUCAAAAAAUUAAAAGAGGAAGAAGAAGAGAAUGAAAAACCCCACACCAGUAUUAAAAAGAUGAAGACAGGGUCAGAUAUAAAAUCAGAUGUGGACAUCUCUGGAACUAAAACAGAAAAUAAACCAGAAAAUGAAGAAAUAAAGUGCAAUAGAGAACUCAGAAGACUUGCUUGCUAUGGUCCAGGUCCUAAAAUGCCUGGAUUGAAUGAUGAGGAAUUUGAUAUAACCAAGUCAAGAAAAAGACCAAGAUAUGAAAUGGACCCUUUAGCUAUUUAUACCUGUGCCAUUUGCCAAAAAGACCAUAGAGAUGAUCUGCUUCUGAUUUGUAAUGGCUGCUCAGACACUUAUCAUACCUUCUGCCUGAAACCCCCUCUUAGCACAGUACCAGAAGGAGACUGGCGUUGUCCCUGCUGCAUAGCAGAAGAAGUCCACAAACCUGCUGAAGCCUUCGGGUUUGCUCAAGCUGAAAGAGAAUACACUCUGCAGCAGUUUGGGGAAAUGGCAGAUAAAUUCAAAUCUGAUUAUUUCGGAAUGUCAGGACAUCUUGUGCCAACCAGUGUGGCUGAAAAAGAAUUCUGGAGGAUUAUUUCAUCAGUAGAAGAAGAUGUAACAGUGGAGUAUGGUGCAGAUUUGCACUCAAUGGAUCAUGGCUCUGGAUUUCCAACAAAGUCUUCCUUAAAUCUUUAUCCAGGCGACCAAGAGUAUGUGGACUCUGGAUGGAAUUUAAAUAAUCUUCCAGUGCUAAAUGGCUCUGUGUUGAGAUUCAUCAAUGCUGAUAUAUCUGGCAUGACAGUCCCAUGGAUGUAUGUUGGCAUGUGUUUUUCUGCUUUCUGCUGGCACAACGAAGAUCACUGGAGCUAUUCUAUCAACUAUUUACAUUGGGGAGAAGCUAAAACUUGGUAUGGAGUGCCAGGAAGUGGAGCAGAGCUUUUAGAGAAAGCCAUGAAGGCAGCAGCCCCUGAUCUCUUCCAAUCUCAGCCAGAUCUACUCCAUCAACUAGUUACAAUAAUGAAUCCAAACAUAUUAAUGGCUGCAGGAGUACCCAUCUACAGGACUGAUCAGCAAGCAGGGGAGUUUGUUGUCACUUUUCCCAGAGCCUACCAUGCAGGUUUCAACCAAGGUUACAACUUUGCAGAAGCUGUUAACUUUGCUCCACCAGACUGGCUUAAAAUUGGAAGGGACUGCAUUACACAUUAUAAAAAUUUGAAAAGGUUCUGCGUGUUUUCACAUGAUGAGCUGAUUUGCAAAAUGGCACUUGAAGGUGAUCGGUUGGACUUGGAAACUGCUUUAGAGACACAAAAGGAGCUAGUCCAGGCAGCCCGUGAUGAAGGACACUUACGAGCAUUGAUGGCAACCAAAGGUCUGAAGAAUGUCUGCAGAACUGCAUUUGAACUUCUAGGUGAUGAUGAGCGAUUAUGUGAAGUAUGUAAAACAACAUGCUUCUUGUCUUCUGUGUACUGUGGCAAUUGUAAAUUCAUGGCAUGCCUGUCCCACGCAGAAGAUGCAUGCAACUGUCCGUUAGAGAAGAAAACUCUAAAUUACCGAUAUGACAUGGAUGAGCUUCAUAUAAUGCUGCAAACUAUUGACUUUAGAGUCAAUAGCUUUGACAAAUGGAUGACUGAAACGAAAAACAUUUUGCUUCCAACUGCACCCGACAUUGGACGGCUUCAAAAAUUAAAGAACUUGGUAGAUGAAGCAGAUGAACUUAAAAUACCAAAGUGCUCAUUAUUGUCACAGCUGAAAGAAGAGUAUACUAAAGCAACUGAUAAUGUUGAACCAAUUGUAAUAGAAUUAGAUGAUGAUUGAACUUCUACAACAAAGUGGUUUAGUACAAAAGUAAUUUUAAGUAAGAAUCCUUGUAUGAAAAUUAGAUUUGAACUGCACACUAGAUGUAGAUGAUUGAUUUUCUUGUUUCUUAUUUAAUUGAAUUGGGGUUAAAGUUAAAUGUUAAUAGGCAGCUUAAGUACCUACAUUUGCGAUUUUAUCAAAAUUAUCUUGGGUAGCAAAUUUAAAUAUGAACGUUAGUGAUUUUGCAAGCAAGAAUAUUUAUCUAAGAACCUUGAUUAAUAAAUAAAAAACAAAGAGUCCAGGAUUUUUAUAUAAUUAAUGCAAAUGUGUAGUCUACAUGAUUCGACUUUUACUAUUUAUACACUGGCUAAAAAUAUAUUUUAUUGUUUGACAAGUGUAUACUCCUAACAACUGGCUUACAAAAUUUGCCAACUGAAUUGUAACUGUCAAAUUGAUAAGAGUCUAACAUUUAUUGGGACCUAUCCUGGACCUAGUACAGUCGCCAUCAAAUAUUUUAGAACGGCCACGGCCAAGGCGCUCAAAAGUAUCUAAACAUUCAUUUUAGCCUUUUCGCCGCCAUUGACUUGAUAUAAAGUCAGUACAUUUCGUGCCCCACACGCCACGUCUUGAUGAUAUGUUAUACGGGUUGACUACGUGAAAUUUUGGAUAUGGCGUUGUGAACACUUUGUUACUUUAUUGACGUGGCGACGAAAAGGUUAAUGUCGUCAGGAGGAUAUAUCAUAACACAACUUGCUGCUUGAAAUUACUGAUGCAGUAAUAAAAAUGAGUGUAAGACAACACUAGUAAGUUAUUUUAUUCUGAAGACUGUAAAUUUAGCAACUAGUGACCAUUAAAAAUACUUUUGUAUCAACUAUGUCAUCUGUACUUUUCUUUAAUAUUUUGAGGUUUUGGUUAAACUUCUCACCAAAGUAAUUUUAACACUGAUCUAUAGAAAUAUUCGUUAACAUAAAUAUUAAUUAGGCUAUAUUUAAAAUAAAAUGUAUAGCAAACUGUCAAAAGUGUAAAUUUUGAAAAGAAUUUGUUUUAUAAGAUUGUAAAAUAAGCCCACCGAAAUUAUUAACAAAAAAGGGUGUGGAAAAGUUGAUGUAAAUCAUAUGCCACUGUAAGAGGAAGAAAAAUCUGUUCUAUUAUUUAUAAAUUGCUAUUGAUCUCAUCAUUAGAAGUUAACUGCUUUCCAUUGAUUCAUCAAAAUUAUUAAUUUCGAAUGAAGGGCAAGCAAUGAUUCCAUAGGCAUAUUGGUUGGAGUGGGUGGUCAAACUAAGUAUAUUCAUGUCUGUUUUAUUGAAUACAUACAUGAGAUACUUAGGGCUGGUUGCACCACGCACAAUCGAUAAACUGGCUACUAAAACUUUUCAUACAAAUUUUAACAAACUACCAUUACAGAUGUUAGUGCAACCAGCCCUAAGCCAGUAAAAUUUUGAGAAACAAGGCUGAUUUAUUCAUGGUAUCUGUACACGAUGGUAAUAAGUGCUCACCCAGUGCUCGCAUCCUAUGGUAGGGUAAACCUACCUAUUGUCAGUCCUCCAAUUAUUAAUUAAUUCUAUUGACGGACCCGCUGCAUAAGUUUGAAAGGUAUACAGCAUCUAUCAAUAGCGUCCUACCCUACUAUACGGAUGAAAAAUUUAUUAGAUAUACAAUGUUCGAUACCUAUCUAAUGAAAGUAUGUAGGUAUACUGGAAUGGUAUUAAUGUCAUGCAUCACAAAAAUAAUUUAUUAUGGCAUAGUUUUUAAUUCUGAGCUCUUAGAAUGUAGGAGUAAUUUUAAUGUUAACAUUACGAUUUAGGAAACUAAACGUAAGGCUAUGACAUAACAUUGUAUUUGUAUAUUCGCCUGCUUAGUUCAGUUAAGAAUAGGUAGCCAGUAUUCUUUUCUAUUUAUUGUAAAUUAAUGCUCUCCACUUACGUUCAAAUUUACCUAAGUUGCCUAAGUGUUAGAACCGAAUUCAAUUUAUCCAUUCAAAGUUUGACCUGAGUAUAUUAAGUACCUACGUAUAUUUUCAUUGUAAAACACGUAAUCUUGUCCCUCAUCAUAGUAUCAACUUAUCAAGUCAUAAUUGAACCUUAUAUAAAUUCAUUAAGGUUCAAUAUUUGGAUUGGCACUUAGCUGUUUUACCCGGCUUCGCGACGGCAAUGCCAGAGUUAUGUUUUGUAUAUUAGUGCUGUAUACUUUGACUUCCCCUUUAGUUUAAAUUUGUUAAGCUUAAGCCAAAUUUGAAAACAGACUCAUUUCUGUUGAAUUUCUUUUGCCAUUGUCCGAAAAUGUGUGUAUGAUUUUGUUUGAUUGAAAGGAAAUAGACUAUAGACCGACCGUUUAAAUGAGUCCUCCCGUUCACCCGCCCGCACCUUCCCCGCCACCCUUAGUCGCCCCCCCCCGUAGCCCCCGUACCACGCAGGCGAGGACUCAUCAAACGGUCGGUCUAUAAACAGCUUAUUUCUGAAUAAUUCAAAUUAUUCCAGUUGUGUGAUUUGUACUGUGAUUGAAGAAUUUUGUUUAUUUUAUGAAUGCGACAGAUGAAAAGUUUUUAGCCUCACAAUAAGGUUAGUAAACUUUAAAAAUUAAGUUUAUUGAGUGAGUAUUAGAAAUAAUAAAUAUGUUAAAAUGAGUAAUUAAAAUCUUAUAAGUCUA